UUUCUGGAAACAUCAUGUGAUGAUCUUGAAGUGACGAUAAAGAGUUUCUGGGACAUGUGGGGGUAAGACAAAGACUGCGCCAACAUCACUGUCUCUAGUCUCUAGGAAGAUUGAUAAUAUCUCCUACUGAGAAGAAGGGAGAAGCCAGCAUGCCAGAUAAGUAAGAACGGGUAAUGCCUUUUGUGACUUCAGCCACAUCUAUGCAGCCAGCAAAGAACAUAUAAGUGGGGAGAUCACCUGAGCUCUCAGUGAAGGCCCCUCCUGGAAAGAUGAAGGCCAUCUUCUUCAGCCUUUCUCUGCUCCUCCUUCUGGAGAAACAAGCAGUUGGGGUAGGAAUCUAUGGUGGGACAAAAGGACAUUAUCUAGUAAAAACAUCACCCCGACUUGUAUUUAUCCAAAAAGACAAUCUCCUUUAUGGGCAGAAAGAAGCACAGGAAGGUGUACCUGAAGAAAGCAUUAUUAUGCAAACCAAGCACAGUGCUUAUGGCCAGGAUGCUGAUGUUGAAGCUGACAUGGAAGAGACUCACAGUUUCCAGGGACAGAGAGAUUUAAAGGAAGACGUAGGUUGUAAUAAAGAAGACAAGAUGAUUCCAAAAACAUCCCAGAUUCAAUCCCAGUCACAAAUAAAAUCCCAAAUCCAACUAAAAUCUCAGGGAGCCCAACUGAAGUCUCAAACAAGCCAGCUAAAGACCCUAGGCCAGGUGAAGUCACAAAUCAAGCUGAAACCCCCGGCAGCCCCUUACCAAACAUCAGUAAGUCUCCAAGGAGCCGUUCUUCAUCAAAUCAAGGGCAAAGGAUAUGACCUGGGGAAAGACGUGGCUCAAGACUACCAGCAGCAGCACAGGAUGGUUCAGAGCCGCAAAAGAAAGCUUCGUAGGUCCUGGCAAGCAACAGAUUUCUUACCACAGCAGUCCUACCCCUAUGAUGGGUAUAUUGUGCAGCUUCAAGGACAAUUACAGGGUGGAGAUUAUUACACAAAAUCUUUCCACCAAGCUCAAGGAAUGUGCUACUGUCCAAAAGGAGGGUUAAUCCUAUAUUAA